AUGGCAUCCGACUUUGUUGGCUACACAGUUCUCGUGACCCUCAGUUCACCUCCCAACUCGCAAAUACGUGGGACAGUCGCAAACAUUGUAGGCCGGCGGUUGACUCUACAUGAUGUGACGCUUUUAUGGAACGGCCAACGAUUUUCAUCCUAUACCAUUGAUGCUUCCGGAAUAGCAGAUUUAGAAGUGUCUAGCUCUCAGCCUCAAGCUCCACCUCAGUCUGCAAAUCCCUUAUACUCUACUAUUACAUCCACUCCAGAUAUCCCACGAAACAAUGGUGCUCAAUUGAACUAUACACAGCCACUAUCUGUGCCUCAGCAGCAGCCCUUCUUCGACCCAGCUAUAGUGAGCUUCUCAGCAGGCCCCAGCCACACCCCCGAAAAACAGACACCUGUGGCGGCUUUGCUAUCAAGAUCUGGCUCCCUUCUGGGAUCGGCCUCGAGUGCGCUUUCAGUCGAGACCACGCAUCCCUCGCAUACGAUCGAGAGGCAUGAUUCCGCCGUGACUGCAAUCUUGACGGAGCCGUUCAGUAGCAUUACGCUCGACAAAGCUAUUGACAUAGUAGAGGAAACAGGAAAAGAUGUAUCAUUUGUACCUGCUGAAAAAAGAUCUACGAAACGGGGCAAACGAGGGAGUCGUAAUAAAGGGCAAGACCACACAGGAAAUGGAUGGCGGCAGACAGCAUUCGUUGAACCAGCUCGGCCGACGCUUCACACAGGUUAUCCUGCCGAUGAUGAUGCUGCUCAAGCGCUUGGAAAACACCGAAAAACCAAAAACCGCAAAGUUUAUGCAGAAAAUGCUAAUGGGUGGGCAACAGAAGAUGCUACAGACAUACAGGAGCUUGGCGACUUUGAUUUUCAGGCGAACUUAUCGAAGUUUGACAAGAGGCGCGUUUUUGAUGAAAUCCGAAAUGAUGAUACCACUGCCGACGAAGAUCGCUUGGUUAGCUUCAACAAGAGACCAAAACCUGGCACAAACGGCGGCAAAAACCUUCACUGGUCAGAAAAUGUCCUAGAUAGCACACCAACUCAGUGGAACAGCGAAGCAGGCGAAACCGAAACCGAAACUAGUGAUGAUAAGUUCAGCAGCGAAAAUUACUCUAAUCGCGAUAGGUCUAAGCCAUCCGGAAGAGGCCAGAUAACGAAAAAGAGUAGCCUUAUCUUGGGACAAUCUUCGAUGUCAGCUUCUUUGGGAUCUGUAGGACGUGGGUCUAUUCCUUCACCACGAAAUAUUAGUCCGAUGCCUAAUCGACAAUCGGGAAGAGUCUCCCCGCUCAACGGAACCAGCGCACCUUCGACUGGCACUUUGCGUUUGACAACGACCAAUAGGUUAUGUCCAACCGUCAGCCCACUUCAAAUGCUUGAAGUUGAGCAGUUAGCAGUGACUGAACUUGGCUUGACUGAAGAUAUGAUUGUGGAGAAUGCUGGUCGUGGAAUUGCUGAGGCUGCCGUGGGUCGCCUCGGUAGCGAUGCUGCUGCUCCUGCUGUCCUUGUCUUUACCGGAAAUCAUCGAACCGGUGGACGAGCAAUAGCCGCUGCACGACAUUUGAAAAACCGAGGACAUAGGGUCACGCUGUGCCUCCUGGGUUUGGAACAUGAAACUGAACUAUUAGAAAAUUGCCGUAAGCAAUUGGAGAUAUUCAAAAAGAUCGGCGGGAGAGUCCUGCGAUGGGAAGAGCUGUCAACCCGUCUAUUGACGCCCGAUUUCAGUGUCGACUUAGUCAUUGAUGCUUUAUUUGGUAUGCACAUUGCCUUUGAAGAUCUGCGGAGCGACGACCAAGCGACAGCUUGUGAAAUGAUUGCCUGGGUGAAUCGGACCAACCUAGUAGUUAUAUCAGUCGACAUACCCUCGGGUAUAUCUGCAGCAACUGGCGAUGUAGGCAUUGUCCAAGGCUCACGACUAUCGGUAGUGUCAAACUUCGUCGUCUGCUUGGCGGCUCCUAAAACAGGGGUCAUGCAAGCACUUCAAUCCGGUGAAGGCAGCUCCUGGCAGAUCACCGUGGCAGACAUCGGUAUCAGUCAAGUAGUUUGGAGGAAGUACGGUACACGUCGUCGACACGGUGUUGACUUUGGCAAUCGCUGGGUUGUCAACUUGAAAUACCAGCCAGCGGCAGCAUGAUUCCACCAUGUUGCUGGUGUGACCUGAAGCUUUACAUUUAUGACCUGUAUUUUUAGAUAAAGGAAUGGGGAAAACUACGCUUUCGAUGGUACGAAUACACAUGAUGAUAGUGGCAUCGGAAUUAGCAGUAUGUAGCUAAAAGUAGCUCAUUUCCUCUUAAGUUCAU